AGUCUCGCACCUCAUACACUCUCUCCCUCCUCUCGCAUUCUCUGAGAAAGAGAGAAGACGAGCGACACAGGCAGGCGGUCUCGCCGUCGCUCCGCCGCCGCCUAACCUCCUCCGAGCACCUAACCCCCAUCAUUUAAACCCUCUGACUCUCUUCUUUCCAUUUAUGCCCUCAAUUCGAACAUGCAUCCAUUCCCCAUCUCAGAUUGAAAUCAUAACCCCAAGCCCCAAAUCGGAUUCAGGCGAAAUCUCUUCUUCUCCGACUUGUUCUUGCUUCAAAAAGGUAAACCCACUACUUUCCCUUCAAUUUCGAGCUCCAUUAAGCCUUGCUUUUCAGUUCUGGAACCCAAUCUCUUACUUCUCUCUUUUUCUGGGUUUCUCGACAAACCGCCACCGUCGAGUGCUCCGAUAAAGCGCCGACGAGUCCUUGUAGCUGGGCUAUUUGCUGGGCCCUAGUCUUGGAGCCUCGUGUUGGGAACAAGUUCAGACUGGGAAGGAAGAUCGGAAGCGGCUCGUUUGGGGAGAUCUAUCUCGGUACCAAUAUUUAGACGAACGAAGAGGUUGCGAUUAAGCUGGUGAGUGUUGUUAAUUGAGCUUCUGGUGUUGACUUUUGGGUUUUUGAUUCCAAUUUGGAUGUGGGAAUUGAGCUUCUGGAGUCCCACGUAUUCACAACAAUCGAAAUGUAUUCACAAAAAUCGAAGAUUAGCUUUGAUGCUUGGCAAUUGUGAGGCCGAAGUGCACAAGAUGAAUCAGAAUCACAAUCACAGUAACAAUAAGAAGGAGCCUGUAAAGCGUACUGCUGCUAAUUCUUAUCUGUUUGAAUACGGGUGUAUUGAUGAAAAUGGUUUCCGAAUUCUGAUGACUGUUAAUAGGGGAAUUGAUUAUCAUAUGGAUUUAGGGGGACUAGGACCGGCCUGUUUCGCUGUCGAAGAGUUCAACAAGCGAAAGGGACUUGAAGGGCUGUUUGGAUUGACAUAAAAUAGCGAGAAUCAUGCUGGAGCUAGCAGUUUGCCAAGGUCUAUUGCUGCACACCAAGGCUCCAAGGGUCUUUGUCUUUUACAUCAGUGGGUCUGGGCGUUUCGUUCCUUCCAACUUGGAGAUGCUCAAUUUAGAAGGCCCUCUAUUUUAUGUUUAUAGAAGGCAUCAUAACAUGUUUAGGCAAUUUAGCUUUAGUUCUUGUAGCUUUAUUUUGUGUACAUUAUUAGGCUUUCUACCAAUGCACAUAAUUUUGUGUACUUGAAACAAUGGUGGAUUAAUAGAAAUUGCAAUUAAUGAUUUUGGAAUUG